UUUCAUUCAAACUCGCUGCCGAGACGGAGCCGAGCCCGGGCGCUGCGCGGAGGGUCCCGGGGGGCGCGAUUCCCCCUCCAUGAUGGUGAGAUCCACCUGCCAGGAGAGCUGAUGAGCCCUAGGGAUCGCCAGGCACAGGAGGGGGGUCAGACACCCUGUUCUCUCCCCUGGGCUCUGACGAGACUCUGCCUUGUAGCCCCCCCCCAGCCAUGACAGCCCCCAAGGCCCCAGCCAGCUGCCACCAGCUGCGGGAGUUUGACAGCGUCAAGGAUUCCAUUGCCGACCUCAUCAACCAGCUGCAGGACAUCGACCCGAGCCGCCUCUCCUUCUCGCCCUUCCUGGACCUGGACACCCAGAUCUCCCUGGCGCCGGUCUCCGACAGCCCCGAGUCCUCCGUCGAGGAGCUGCACUCCACCUCCGGGGAGGAGGCCUCCCUCAGCCUGGCUACAAGCGACUCUCCAGGCCCAGAGGCUGAGCCGGUGCAGGGGAUACAUAGCCAGGGGGCUGGGCCUCUCCUGGGGGAGGACCCCAGGCUUCCCAUGGGAAUGGACCCCAAAGACCUCAUCCUUCCAUUGGGCUGCGACCCACGGGAGGCCAGCUGGGUGGGGCCUGGAGACAGUGUGGUGGUGGCAGUGCCCAAGGAGACCUGCUUCCUGGACAGGGUGGGGGCAGAGACCCCCAUGGUGCAGCACAUGGAGCAUCUGCCCACUGGCAGAGAGCCAAGCCGGGCGCAGCCCCACAGCGAGGGGCCGGCACGCCCCACAGCCAGUUGGCCUCUCCCCAGGGAGGAGCAGCCAUUCCUCGGCUCAAGUGUGGAGCCCGUUUCCUGUGGCCCCGAGGAGCCGACCCCUCGCCCGCCAGGGAAGUGCUGCGGCUGCUGCACCAGCUCCCACCUGAAGGCCGUGUCCUCGGUCUUUGUCUCGCUGCUCCUGGCGCCCUGGGUCCUCUACGGACUCUAUUACCUCCUGCCCUUCGAGCCGCCGCUUUGCCCAGACCUGGCCAGCCGUGCGGCCUUCGCCCUGCGCUGCCUGCUCAUUGCCAUGGUGCCCAGCAUGCUUGGUGUCAUGUUCGGGGCUCUCGCCAAGCUCUGCUCGGUGGCCAUUGACCCGCUGGAUACGCGCUCCCCACCCGUCCUGCUCCACCGGUUGUAUGUCACCAGCUCCCUGGAGCAGUUUGUCAUCUUCAGCCUCAACACGGUGGUGCUGGCCACGUUCCUGGCCCAGGAGCACCUGCGCCUCAUCCCCAUCCUGGUUGGGCUCUUCUCCAUCGGCAGAUGCUGUUACUGGAUCAGCCUCCACGUUGGCAGUGCUUACCGUGGCUUUGGCUUCGGACUCGCUUUCUUCCCGGCCCUGGCAAUGACUGGCUACAACCUGUUCUGUCUGUACGACCUGGGCUUUGCCUUCCUCUUCGCGCCCUCUCCAGCGGGUGGGGAUGGCGGUGGGGCCACGCCUGCCCCCACGUGGGAGCCAGCGACCCAAGGCACUUGAAAGAGGAGAUGGCCCAGGACGGGGAGAGUCGUGAGCUCCAGCAGCCUCCAACUCCGGACCCUCAAGGGACGUCCUGUUACCCCCUCAGCCAACCAGUCACAACAGCUGCUCCACCUGGCUUGGGUCAGUGCACAAGGCAGCAUAAAGCUGCUGUGCUACUCUGUUUGCAUCCCUGCUUUAGCCCCUCCCCAGCUGUGUCCCCCCUCCCCAGCUGUUUCUCCCCCCCCCAGCUGGGCAGGGCUGAGUGAUGGACAAGCCUCGCAGCUGAAGGCAACUUCUUAGCAACCUCCACCCUACGGUCACUAAGAUACCACAGAGCAGCAGGGCCCAGCACUGUGCUACAGAACAGCACAGUGUAGGAAGGGCUUUUCCCAUCCGAACGCCUGCAGCAUGCAAAACAGCGCCAGCUCCUAGGAGAUACUGUAACGGAUAGAGAUUCCUGCCCAGGGAGAUCCCCUUCAAGCCUGGUCUUUCCCUCUCAUGCUGUGUGCCAGGGGCACAGCUGCCUCUGCAGCAUGGCCAAGGUUAAUCUGAGCCCAGAGUGGGGCUUUAGCCUCUCCCUUUGAUGUGGCCUGGUCCUACCUCCCUCUGGUGUGCUGCUGCAGCCAGGGCAGAGAGAUGAGCAACUGUAGUGUCCUAAUGACAUGCUAAUCCUGGCAGAUCGGGUCAUGUGGCCAGACCUGGGCCAAAAGCCUGGCUUGGUUGCCCUUGAAAAUUAUCCAGAACUCCCAGGAGAAGGCUCUGAAGUUCUCAGCUACAGCUCUGUUGUUUUUAUUGCUGUUUCCUCCACGGGGCCGGGACACCUCACAAACAUGGAUCUGGCACCUGUAGCAAUGCCCAGAGGAGCUGUCCUUUCCUUUCUCUGCCACCCAACCCCCACAAGUACAGGCAAGUUACAUAACACCGACUGCAGGCACAAGCCAGAUACUCAGUUCUGUGAGUGGCUGUGGGGGGUUAAUCCCUUCUCUGUGCAUUUAUGAUCCCAAAUAUUUUUGAUCAAAGUGACUUUCUGAUUUAAGAGGGGCAGUGGUGGCUUGCUGGGAGAAAGGAUUUCAUCCCAUUCAGUGACGAGCCAGAGCAGAGCAGUAGCCAAUGGACUUGAUCCAGCAUUGCCCUGCUCCACACGGGGGGGUGGCCCCUGUUCCCAGAACAGAAGGGUGACGAUUGGUGCAGAGGAAUAGGAAAUCGGGCUGGCUGCAGGAGGAGCGUGGAUGCGGUCUGGUGAGCUGUGUGAGAUGCAGGGGGUAGGAGCAAGCCCGGGUGGCUGGUAAGCAGCAGGUGAAAGGGGAGCUGGUUGUUUGUAGUAUGACAGGAGACAGCUGUUAGUGCUGUUGGGUGGGGAUAUGGAAUGGUGUUGUGUCAAUAUGCAGUGCUGGUCCCAGGACCUUACAGAGACAAGAUGGGUGAGGACUUGUCUUUUAUUGUCCCUCAUCCCCAGAAGUCAGGCCAAUAAAAGAUAUCACCUCUCUCCCCUUGCCUCUCGGUCUGAUCACCAUUGAGGAUUCUAACUCCACCACCACUGCCCGAGGCAGAAAAACACCCACCCAGGCUCUAGGCUUCCUCCCUUUGCCAGCCCCCUGCCAAGGAUUAGUGCCAGGACGGAGUAUUCCCUUUCCUGGCUGAGCAGAGGUAACUCCCCACUUCUGUUCUGCCCAGAGGUGACAGCACCUGAACUGUGAAUUCUGAGAAGGGAGACUUGAGUCUAAGCUCCCUCCAAGGCCAAGCCCCUCAGUUCUGUUCGUGGAACAGAAACCUGCCUCCCUCCUCUACUUGUACAACCAUUGUGCAGGCCUGGGCCCAGUUCCACAGCUGCUAGAACUCCCUUGAAAUCCAAGCUGAGGGUCCGGUCAGCUGCUUCCGGCACAAAAAGGCCAUUACGUGUAGCAAGAGUGGCCACCACUCUGCUCAGCUGGGUCCUUGAAGAAACUACCUGGACAAAAACCUCUGAAAAAAAAUAAAAUAUUGUUUCUACCU